AUGAGUUCUAAGGAAAGUACAACAUGGAUUAGAAAAUUUUCUGUAACAGAAACUAGAAAACACUCCAAAGGAUUUACUAUUUAUAAAAUAACCUCAAAUAUAUUUCCUAUACAUAGUCCAGAUGCAUCGACUAGCAUAACAGUUUGGAAAAGAUUUAAUGAAAUUUAUAAAUUAUAUCAAUUAUUAAAAAGUCGUCAUAAUAGUCUUGGAGUAAGGGAUCAUUUUCCAAGUCUUACAAGAGGAGGCUAUUUCAAUAGAUUUGAUACUGAAGUUAUAGAAAGUAGAAAAAAAGAUAUUUUGGAAUUCCUCACUUAUGUCUCAACCAACACAUCGUUAUUUACAGCACAAUGUUUUGUCCAGUUUUUUGAGACUACACAAAUUCCCAAUGAAAAUGAAUGCGGUAAUAUUGCUGUGAUACGAUGUUCUCUUAGUUUGCCUAAAGAAGAUGAUUUAUUAUCAAUUAAAUCAAUACGUAAUGAGUCUGAUGUUGAUUCUGCCUGUAGUAGUACAAGUCUUUCAGAAUGUUCAAAUAUUUUCUGUGGAGAACCAGAAAAUUUAGAUAAAUCUUGUGAACCUUAUAUAGAAACUAUCACAAAAAAUGAAUGUGAAAAAAAAGAACAAACAGAUAAUCCUGUAUCUGAAUACACAUCACGUAACACAGAUGAUUCUGAAUCUAAACUGCUUGAAGAAAAUUUGUUGCAGUUGAGUUUAAAGAAUAAAGGAGGAUCAGAUUAUAUAUUUGAGGCAGCUUAUCAUUUUAGUAAAGCAGUUCAAUGUGAAGACUCUAAACAUUAUAGCAUUGCUGCAGAAUUAUAUAAAGUUGGAAUUAGCUGUUUGGAAACAGGAAUUCAUUCUGAUCCAGACUUAGAUCGCUGUUCUCUGAUUACAUCUAAAUUAAAUAAAUAUAAGGAACAUGAAAAUGUUCUUCGUUCAUUAAUUGCUAAUGAUAGUGAAGAUGUAAAAAAUGAACAUUCCCAUAGUACAAAAUGUGCAUAUAAGUCAAAGCUGGGCAAUUUUGAACGCCCUUUAGAAGAAUUACACAACUUUCAUGUUUUACGAAUAGUGAAUACUGUUCUUCAAGUUUCUGAUACACGAACUAAAGAUUUAUGUAUCAUAAAGACCACACAAAAGAUAUUAAGGAAUGAUAUAUUUGUAGAGAAUAUUUUUCCACAUAAUGUACCAUUUAUGGUGCCUUUGAUUAAUUAUUUUCAAUCAGAAACAUCCAUAUAUCUUUUACUAAAAUAUGUAAGUGGCGGCAAACUAUGCGAUAGAAUACAUAAUUUUAUAGUCACAAAUGCUUUUUGUAAAUCAGAAAAUACACAAAUAGAUAUAAAUUGUAUAUUAAUGGAACCUCAGACAAUGAAGACUGCAUCUAAAAAAGAUGCAAUAUUUUCUGACUUUCUAGUGAAUUAUAAUAAAAAGGAAACAAAAAGCAAUGAAUUAAAUAUGGAAAGUGGGGAUGGGUUUGGAAAUAAUAAUAAUACUAAUAAGAAAAGGGUAUUAGAAUAUGAGGAAGCAAUAACCGAUUUAAACACGGAGAAGUUAUUGCAUAACUCGGCACGACUUCUAAAAUCUAUUUCUGAAACAUUGUUAUCGGAUGAAAAACGUAAUAUUAGCCCAGAUAUGUGCAAUAUGCUUAAAUUAAGCAAAGAAGCAAGUCAUAUUAAUGUUAAUGAUAAUGCUCAGGUGAAUAAUAAAUUCGAAAGUGGCGAUUCAUGGUUAAUCAAUGAAGAUCAAUCUUUACAAUUAACGAAUAUUGAGAAAAGAAAUAUAAUUCCACAAAGUUUAUUAGCAGAGUGGGCUGCAGAAUUACUGAUCGCUAUUGAACAUUUACAUUAUUGGGGAGUUAUUUGUGGACCAAUUUAUCCAAAUGAUCUCUUACUUGGGGAAAAGGGCCAGUUGGUAUUAACCUACCGAAGUUCAUUGGGGUUUAAUUUACAAAGGUAUCGACUGCAAGAUUCCAAUAAAUUAAUUGCUCCAGAACUUGUAAAUCCUCUUGUACGCCAGACGGAGAUACAUGAUUGGUGGUAUUAUGGUGCUGCUCUUUACCAACUUUUCUUAGGAAUUCCUUUGCAGAAACUGCAUCCCCAUGGAUUUACAAAUUUCACGAUUCUACAAGUUCCUCCCCACAUCUCUAAUGAAGCUUCAUCAUUAUUAAUUGCGCUUCUUCAAGGAGAUGAAUCGGAGCGUUUGGGCUGUGGGCAAACUGGUGUUAAUGAAAUAAAAUCUCAUCCAUUUUUUAUCAAGAUUGACUGGCAUAAAUUACAACAAUCGUUUACGUAUUUAAAUUGA